CGCGCGAACAACAACAGGCGAAACAGAAGAAGGCGCAAGAGGCAGCAAAGCUUGCGACACCUGGUAUCAAGGUGAAUCAAGUGUCAGAACAAGAACUCGCAAGCGAACGAUCUCCACUUUUACCGCGAUCGCCGGCGUCGAACGAUGGAGAAGGAGAAGGAGAAGAGGAGGAGGAGGAGGAAGAGAGGCGGCCGUCGUGGCCGGGGAGCAUAGAAUUCGCACAUUUGCCUUGGUACAGGCGACCAUCGAUAUGGUGGGUUCUAUGCCCAUUCUUCAUCAUGGCUUGCGCAUUUGGUGGCAUCAUUGCGCCGAAGAUGAAUUUGAUCUUGGAUUUGGUGUGUCGAGAAUACAUUGCGGAGCGAUCGAUGGUGCCUGGAUUUGCCAUGGCUCCGGUCGAUUUCAACGGUGGCGACAAUGACCAGUGCGCCAUACCUGAGGUGUCCGCGAGGACGUCGAUGUUUUACUUGUGGGGCUCCGUCAUUGCUGGAGUGUUGUCUGCUAUCAGCGCUCCGAAGCUGGGCGCACUCUCGGAUCGCUAUGGACGCAAGCCGAUUCUUAUCGCUACGAGUCUUGGAACGAUCUGCGGCGAGAUCAUCACCAUCUGUGCGGCAACUUUCCCGACCAAGUUCCCAGUCUGGGUGCUGCUUGCCAGCUAUGCUCUGGAUGGACUGACUGGAUCCUUCAUGCUGGCCAUGUCCAUCGCGAAUGCCUAUGCCACCGACUGCACGCCGCCGAAUGUACGGGGCGUCGCAUUUGGAUAUUUUCACGGAUGCUUGUUUACCGGCCUCGCACUUGGACCUAUCGUUGCAGGUUACAUCGUGAAGUGGACAGGCAAGAUUGCAAUCAUAUUUUGGGUUAUGGCUGGUGUGCACGUCGGCUUUGUCUUGUUCAUUGGACUGGCAGUGCCGGAAUCUUUGUCGAAGAAACGACAACAGCUGGCACGGGAGAAGCAUGAGGACCUCAUGUCGCAGCGUGAUCCGAAUUCAGACUGGAUCAAUCAACUGCGUUCGCUGAACCUGCUUGAACCUCUCCGCAUUCUUCGACCCAAGGGUCCUGGAAGCAGUCGAGCUCUCCGACGAAAUCUUCUGGUGCUCUCGGCUGUCGACACCAUCGUCUUUGGAGUUGGAAUGGGCAGCAUUGCUGUCGGGAUCAUAUACGUGCGCCAGCAAUUCGGAUGGGAAACAUUUGAAUCUGGCAAAUACAUGACGAUUGUCAACAGCAGUCGAGUGAUUUGUCUGCUGGUCGUCCUGCCAUUGCUCACUCGCCUGGUGCGUGGGAAGGCUGAUCAGCUACGAAGCAAGAACACGGGGUGCGACAACUUCGACUUGUUCAUUCUUCGAUUUGCCAUCUUCUUUGAUGUGUUGGGAUAUCUUGGCUAUACACUUGCUAGGUCUGGUCCAGUAUUCAUUCUUUCUGGAGUCAUCGCUUCGGUUGGUGGCAUUGGAUCGCCAACCCUACAAUCGGCACUCACGAAACACGUGCCUCCCGAUCGUACUGGACAACUGCUCGGGGCCAUUGGACUACUGCAUUCUCUCGCGAGAGUCGUAGCGCCCGCAGUCUUCAGCGCCAUCUUCGCCGCCACCGUAGGCAAAUUUAACCAGACGGUGUUUGUGUGUUUGUGCGCCACGUUUUUCUGCGCUUUCAUCGUGAGCUGGUUCAUCAAGCCUGGAACGACGAAGACAAGGCGGAGCACGAGGAGGAGGAAGAGGAGCAGGAAGCACGUCGAUACAGAAAUAAAUUGGCCAUCGUAGACGCGGUUGCUGACGUGGGCCGUCAGAUUCGAGAUUUGGUCUCACGGCGGCGAUAACACAUUGCCUUGUGCGCUCAGAGUGUAUCAGGAGGAGCGGGAGGCGCGUCGCCUGGACAGGAACAUUUUUUUUUCUUGCAUCGAACAGCAUUUACGGUGGGCGUUUUGAGGGUUGUGAUACCACACGCAUGUAUGCGAUAUGCGAUAUAUGUAUGAGCAGACAAGCGGCCACGCGGGCCAUUUCUACCAGCAGCAUGAUGAAUGCACGACUGAGACGCAGAAAUGUGAUAUGGCCAUCAGCAUCCCGUGUCAGUAGCCUCUCACACGAGCUUCCGCAGUCGCGGGCG